UAUCAAGUGCAGACGUCAGAGAUAAAUAAAAUGCGUGCGAAAAUUUCUCGACAUAUUUUGGAACUCUCAGUCCAAGAACAGCAAGAUUUCGUUAAUUCCUUUGAUUUCAGUUUAAGUGACUGCGAUGGUGUAUUGUGGCUAGCACUGAGUCCUUUGCCCAAUGCUGGGAGAACUAUAAAUCUUUUAAAAUCCGAGGGGAAAAAAUGUAUUUUCGUAACAAAUAAUUGCUAUAAGAACGAUGAGCAAUUUUUGGAAAAAUUUAAAUUAGCUGGGAUCGAUUCAGUAAAAAGUGAAGACGUGAUAAACCCCAAUAAAGCCAUCGCAAUGUACUUGGAGACAUACAAACCAGGGGAACGCGUGUUUUCGGUAAACAAUCACGUGGCGAAUGAGGUCUUUCGGAAUAGCGGCAUUGAUAUAGAAACACUGGUAAAUAUAUUUAUAAAAAAAUUAAUUUAA